UCAGACAGCCGCUCCUCUUCGGCAUCCUCGGCCAGCGGCGGUCGGCUCCAGAGGACUGAACAAGGACAUAGACAGAAGCGGUUCAACCUACAGAGAUCCAACCAGUUAACAAAAAAGGCUUUUUUUGUCAUUUGCGCCGCGGAGAUGAUGUGAUGCCGUUGAUUUAAAAAGCAGAAAACACCGCAGUGACACCAAGAGGAUCGUUUUCUACGCAGGAAUCAUUCAGGAGAAAAGGUUGGGAUUGAAGCCCAGAACGAUCCGACAAAACGUCUGUACUUCAUCACCGAGGAAGUGAAACUGCAACCCGUGACAGAGAGAGUCACUCACAUCCGGUCUGUGGGGAAUGUGUUGGGCUGAACCCAGUGAUCAAUCCUGUCAGCUGGAUCCUAACACAUCUGAAUGUUUACUGGAGAAACUAGGACGGAUGCUGCUGCAACUUCCUCAUCUCCAUCAUAAAGCGACCUACUUCUAUUUCUUCUCAUCACAAAGGAAUGAAUAGACGACAACAUCAAUUUGUUCUUGCACAUUUUCAAAACAUAAUUAACCUCCUUCUAACCUUGAAAUCUGUUUAAGCUUCUAAAAUCUUUAAACCAAAGUUAAAACUCAUACAAUGUGGAAUACACAAUGACAUGUAAUUUCAGAACUUAAACUGAAGCUCAGAGAGACCUGUUCCAUUUAGUAGCUAAUUUGGAACUUUUUAGUAGCAACUCAGGAUCUUCCUUUGCAAAUACUGUUUCUUCAGUGCACAUAAACUGUAAAGGCAAGCUUACAUUUGAAAAUGUAAUUAUUAGAAAACAUAGAAGCUGAAAAGGUACAAAAACUAAAGAAAGCAUUUCUGAGACAGGACUAAUUUUAAUUUAUUGUAACUUGUGAAAUAAGUACACUCGACUAAAGCCUUUUAGUUUGGAUUUAUUAGUGUAAGAACCGCUAGAACACACCAGAACAAAACUCCAAGCAAAAAUUGAGCACUUUAAAGUUAGUCCGAACAAAUGCUAUUUCAUCCAACACCCCACAUCCUUUGCAUGCAUUAAAAGAAACUGACUUUAAAUCAGUUGAUGAGUACAUGACACUUCAUCACGUACCGUUGUGAUGCUGGAUGCAGGGAAAAUGAAAGACAUCUGCAGGAUCUGUGCUCGUGAGCUCUGUGGCAACCAGCGCCGAUGGAUUUUUCACCCUGCAGCUAAGCUAAAUCUGCAGGUUCUACUGUCCCACGCCCUGGGUCAGGAGCUGAUCAGGGACGGCCGUGGUGAGUUUGCCUGCUCCAAGUGCGCCUUCAUGUUGGACCGCAUGUACCGCUUUGACACAGUGAUCGCACGGGUAGAGGCACUGUCACUUGAGCGUCUUCACAAGCUGCUGCUGGAAAAAGACCGGCUGAGGCAGUGUGUUGGACGCCUGUAUUGGAAGAACAAUACAGAGGACUGCAAUGUGGCUCCAUCUGGAUCUGCUGUUGCAGUUGGGAUUGAGGUGGAGUCUGAAUCCUCUCCUGUGAUGGAUCUCUCAGCACUGCAGGAUAUGAGAUACUCAGAUAUGAUCCAGGAUGAUCUGGCUUACUCUGUCUAUGAGUCAUGGGCUGAUAAGGAGGACCCUGUUCUGGACCACCACACCCAUCACCAUCAGUGCACAGCAGCAGACUCCAUCUCUGGCCAGAAGCCAAGGCGAUGCAGAGGUUGUGCAGCACUGCGUGUUACUGAUUCUGACUAUGAGGCGGUGUGUAAGGUGCCUAGACGGGUUGGACAUAGGAGCACAUCAUGCGGUCCAUCCACCCGCUACUCACCAGCCACUCUGGGGAUGGAGAUGGAGGAUCUGGCCAGAGUCUGUGGAGCAGCUGAGGCUACAGCUGUCACCUCUGAGUCCCCUUCAGCUGAGUUAGAGACUGAGAAAACCAUGUGUAACCAGACCAGUUUCAGCCCUGCAUCAUCUGCAGAGUCUCUCAAUACCACCGUGGACAUUGGUUCCCCCUCUGCAAACCACAAACAGAGUGAAGACACUGAGCCAGAUAAAGAUGCAGAGGAUGCGCCACUGAGAAGGGAUGCUCCUUGGGGCAAACCACCAAGUGAGACCUCCCCCUCUGGGCUUGAAAUGAUGCUGAGCCUCCUGCGGGGCUGGGAGUACCAGCCUGUGAAACCUCAAAAGGGCAGCAAGCUUCCCGUUCUCAUCAAAGCCAAACUUGAACAAGGCCUGCCACUGCCUUUCCCACUGCGCUCAUCCUGUGGUGAAGCAGACUGCGACCUCUACCCCCACCAGAUUAUACCAGAGAUUGUAAUGCCAGAACUGAUUGAAAUGGAGGAACAGUGGCUGGAUGAAUAUGUUCAGUGCGGUCCCUUUCACUUUCAGCAGCAGCUAAUUGAUGAGCAGCAUGGUCAGCUAAGCCAGUAUGAGAGUGCUGCAGGUCAGUGUGUUGGAGAGUUGCAGAAGGCCCAGGACCAGGUCUGUUCGCUACAGGCCAAGAUCAGAGAGAGUGAGACCAGGAACCAGAAACUGCAGGAGUGUCUUGGUGAAAUGGAACUUGAACUACGGUCGGUCCGAGAGGAAGCCCUGCAGCAGGAACGAAACAUCCAGAAUGUGACUGAUACUGUAAACUCCAAGGAGGCAGAGGUUGCAGAGCUGUACAGGGUGAUUGAGGAGCAGAGUAAGAUGCUGUGUUCUCUCAAAGAACUCGGUAACCGCAAUCAGCUGCAGCAGCUGCAGGGCUCCGGUGCAGAGACUAUUAGAGGUCAGGCAGAGGUCCUGGCUCUGCAGACGUCUCUGUUCCAGGCUCAGCUGGAGCUGCAGGCCAGCCAGAGGUCGCAGCGGCAGGCAGCCAGGACUGGAGAGGACCUAAGGCGGGCCAUGGAGAGGCUUGAGAAGGACCUGCAGGGAGCAGUGCAGCACAGGAGGGAGACAGAGAGGCACAACCAGGAGCUGCAGUUGGCUCUGGAAAAUGCUCGGUCAGCUCUGCAGGACAGAGAUGAGCAGCUGAGAGAGGGCAAGCAAGACAGACAGAGGGAGAAGGAGGAGAGAGAGAUGACCAUCAGAGAGCUGAAGAUGUCCCUGCAAACCAAAGAACAGCUUAUGAAGGACUGCUCUGAACUACUGGAGAACCCAAAGGAGAAGAGAGACUCUCUGCUUCAGAAAUUUCGCCAGCGUAUAAAGGAGAAAGACCAAGCUCUGGAGCAAGCGGUGGAUGAGAAGUUCCGCUGCAUGGAGGAGAAAGAAGAGGAGACUCGUCGACUGCAGUUGCUGCUCAGAGAGAAGGAGAGAGACGUGAAGAGGCAGCGCUGCACCCUGGCCAACAACGAGGAGACCAUCACUAGCCUGGAAAUGCUGAUGCGAGGUAAGGUCCUGGAGUUGGAGCAGGUGUGUGAUGCCUUUAGGAAUAUCCAGCAGCAGCAGCAGGAGAGCGAGGAGAGGCAGACCCGCAUCCUAACAGAGAGAGACGCCAUUAUCAGCCAGCUGCAAGCAGCGCUACAUACUCGCACACAGGAAGCACAGGAUCUGCGCUGCUCCCUGGUGGCACAGGUGCAGUCUGCUCCAAGCAUCAUGGAGGAGCUGAAGGUUGGCCUCCAACUUAAAGACCGCCUGUUCCAGGAAGUGCUAGCUGACCGGGCCUAUCAGGCCCAGGACCACCAGAAGCAGGUCCAGAAUCUGCUCAGAACUAUCAUCUCCAGGGAUCAAUACAUUCAGGAUUCUGCAACCCGGCUUGGUGAGGUGAUAACUGAGCAAGCGUCAAGACUUCAGGGGCUUCGCAAGCAGCUGAACUCAAGUCUGGGAUCACAGCAUGACUCUGGACCAGACUUGGCUGUGCAGCUCCAUGCGGUUCAGGAGGAACUUCAUCUGGCCCUGAGGAGGGAGAAGGAGAGCAGGGAGCUGAGCAGGAGUCAGGCUGUCAGGCUGGACUCCCUCAACAGGGCUUUGCAUGUGAAGGAGGAGAUCAUCAGGGAAUUUGAGCUACAGAUGAUGGAUCCUUCAGGACUCCCCCUGGUGGAGCGACUGACACAGGAGGUCCAAGAGCUGAGGGAGGGUCUGGUCCAUCAGGACGGUUUAGCCAGAGGCCCUGCCCUGGGCCAUGACUGGCCGAACAGUAGGCAGCCUGAGUCUGGAGAACUUAGCUCGGAUGAUGAAGACCAGGCCGAUGAUCUUAACAGCAAGUACAUUGAGAACACUGAUGAAGAGGAGUCCAACACCGAGGAUCUUUGGCAUGAUGGUCAUGGGCUGAUGGAAGUGAAACAGCUGGUGGAGCAGAAGAGAGUGGUGGAGAGAGAGCUGGGAGAGCUGAAGGCUCAGCUGGAGAAAGCUGGGUUCUCCUCGCUGUCACAGAUAAGGAAAGCUCUACUCAAUCUACAAACAGAAAACAAUAAUUUAAAACAUCAGCUGACUGAAUGGCUGCAGAAAAGCAGUAACCAGAUUGAUGAGCAGAUGGUGCUGGAGGGCGAAGACGAGGAUGAGGAAGAGGAAUUGGAUGUUACCAUAGAAGGUGAGGAAGAGGAGGAGGAAGAAACAUCAGAGCUGUGGGAGGCCUGUGAUGGAAAACUGCCCCUGUCUCAGACUAAGGUCCAAAUCAGUGAUGAACAAAGGAAAAAGACAGCCAAUAGACCUGAAUCUCUGGACCUGCUUUGCAACUCCUCACAGGAUGCUGGCCUGGCUAACAAGGAGUUGGCUGGUCGGCAGCAGACUGCUGAGUCCUCUGGGAUGUGUGAAAAAUCGGUUUGUCUGCAGCAGAAGAGCAAAGAGCUGCAGAAGAGGCUAAUGGUGUCUGAGGCCACAGUGCAGGCUCAAGUGGAGCAGCUCAAAGGCUACAGGGAGCUGCUUACAGAAACAGCUGUGAAGCAGGACAGUAAGCAGAUCCAGGUGGACCUGCAAGACCUGGGCUAUGAGACCUGUGGCCGCAGCGAGAACGAAAUUGAGAGGGAAGACACCAGCAGCCCAGAAUUUGAUGACCUAGAGAUGUGUACGUCUCUUGACUGUGCUUCCCAGUGGUGGCCUGCCAGCAGCACCACCUUCACCAAAACCGCCACCCAGAGCUCUGGCUGUGGAGAUGAGGUCUUGUCUCUUCAGUGCCUUGUUGAGGACCUUCGUUCACAGUUGUCCCGCUCUCAGGGAGUCAUUCGGGGACUUCAGACCCGCCUCUGCAGCCUCUCCAUCUCUACUGACUAUGGACCCUCCACAGCUAGCAAGAUCAAUUUGUCCUUUCAGGCCUCUCCCUCACAGAGUGGGACAGAGGAUGACGAGGGCUGGCAGUCAUCUGAUGGAGGAUCAUUGGCUUUGUCCCAUCACCAUUAUGCAGACAAGAGCCUUCAACAGCUUGUGUCCCGAGUGGAUGCACUGGAAGACCAGCUUAGGAAAGGAGGCAAAAAGGCUGUCACUGAGGACGUGAAGUCUGCCACCUGGCCGGGUAAAUUUGACACACUGAUCCAAGCUCAGGCCAGGGAGCUGUCUCACCUUCGCCAGACACUGCGAGAAGGUCGAUGCAUGUGCAACAUCCUCACCCAGCAUCUGGGAGACACCACAAAGGCCUUCGAGGAGCUGCUGAGGGCCAAUGACAUCGACUACUACAUGGGCCAGAGCUUCAGGGACCAGCUAGCUAAAAACUGUGCUCUGGCACAGCGAGCCAGCGCAAAGAUCAGUGCAAGAGAUCACUCUGAAGAUCCAGAUGAGAAGGCAGAACUGCUUGCCAUCCGGCUCAGUAAGGAGCUGCAGCAGAAGGACAAGGUCAUUGAGUCUCUCCAUGCCCAACUAAACCAGCAUCACCAACAUCAUCAUCCUCAUCGUUCUGACACGCCCUGCAGUAGCCACGCCCUCUCAGACACCACUGACCAAUCAGAUCGCAUCUCGUAUGUGUCUGAUGAGCAUGGAUCCACAAAGGAGGACCUGGAAUUGUGCCCUGAUAUGGAUCCAGACAGUGAGCUUGGUCAGGAGGAAACCCAGACUUCUACCAGUGUCAGCAUAGAUGGUCACUCUUACUGUGGCACCAUGUCAAGUCGUAGAUCCGUUGCUCCAUCCAUCACCCCAUCCCAUCGUGCCCAGUCCUGCCUUAGCUGUCCCACCAUGCAAUGCUCAGGCUCACCACACAAAUCUACAGCUGCGCAGAGUCAAACAGCUUCUGCCUCAGUCAGCUCUACUCUCUAUCACCCUCCUCCCUGCUUCACCACCCAGAAGACACCUAUGCCCUUCCAUCUUCACCCUUCAAACCUGCAUACCCGUUACCAAGGCAGCAGGGGUGUGGGCUUCUCCCUGGCUGAGGUGCAUCAGGAGCUGCAGAUGUUACAGAGACAGUUGGGCGACAGUGACAGAUUCUCCACUCCCCAGUCCAAACCUCUGCAGGGUUUCCCAUUUGCUCAUCAGCAGCCAGACUCCUCUGGGUUCCUGUCUCUCCCCUACCAAGGAUUCCAACCUUCUCCUUUUGGUAGUGCUGCUAGCGGCAGCAGUCUGGAUGCCUGCUUGGCAAUGAAAGCCGGUGCCAACCUGCUGCACAGCAGUGCAUUGUUGGAUAUGGGCUAUGAUACUCGACCAAUGAGAGCUGGAGCCGACCUGUCAUCAGGAUCAUCAGGGUACCAGUCGGGUACCAGCAUCACAGGUUCAGACUUAAUGAAAGAGCACCUGACAGAAAUAAGAAGUCUGAGAAGGAGACUGGAAGAUUCUAUUCAAACCAAUGACCGCCUUCGACAGCAGCUGGAGGAGAGACUGGCUUGCACUGCCACAGAGAAAGGUGCUCCUACUAACAUCUACAUUCACGGCCUGGAUUCGGCCAGCCAGCAUUCUAGUGAGAUUAUGCUUUUGAAAGAGAAAAAUGUCAAUCUGGAAAACCAGCUGAAGCAGGUCACAAGAGAAAGCAAUAAGGAAGCAGAGCAGCUGAGGGAGGCAGUGUUCAUUGAGCAGUCCAGACUGAAAGAGGCACAGUUGAAGGUGGAGAAAUGGGCAGAGCAAAGCAGGAAGCUGCAAGCUGAGGCUGAAUCUCACAGCCGAGAGAUCACACAACUAAAACAGCACAGACUGAGGGACCAGGAAUCUAUCAACAGGCUCCAGCAUGACAUGAACAUCGUUCAGCAGCAGCUAUGUGAGAGCCACAGUUUGGUCCACUCUCUUCAGUGUGAGCUGCACAUGUAUCGUAGAGUGUGUGGAGUCAUUUCAAACACACCCUCUGGUCAGGUCAGUGCUAGUGACCAGUCAGGACACAGCACUGUCACAUUUGACCCCAAGACGCUGCACAUUCUGCUGGAUCAGCAACCGAGUGAACAGAAUGACACACAACCUCAAGCCAGGAGACAGCUCCUCAGUGCAGCCUCAACAUUGCAGGUGCAAGCCCCAAAUUGCUCCUUUGUCAACAGUAAUGGCCACCAUGCAGUCAGCCACACUGAUAUCUUCAAGGCUCUGCAGCAGCAGAUCUUUGAAGGAAGUGCCCUCCUCUGUGGAAUGGAAGCCACCCUUUAUUCCUUGAGCACCUCACAGGAGUUCUUCCUCCAACAGUCUUCAGGCACAGGAUCCGUCACAAAGCUACUGUCGGACACUAAGACACUGCGACAGAUCUUGGACAAGGCUGAUUCUCUUGUGCAAAUGUUCUGGAGAGCAGAUCUGCCUGACUCUGAGGAAACCAAACAGGACCAGGCUCUUAGGGAGGAGGUUGUUUCUCUCCGACUGAAGCUUUCAGAGCGAGAUCAGGCUCUAAAGGAUGCAAUGGAGAAAGUGAAGAGCUCCAACAAUACCAAAGAUAGCAUGGAACACUUUAUAGUUAGUCAAUUGUCAAGAACACAAGAUGUCUUGAGGAGAGCCAAGAUCAACUUACAGGAGAACGAACACAGGAUUUCUUCCUUUCGCCAAGCCUCAUUCUCCAUUCCUCCUUCCUCACCCUCACCUUCCUCUUCUUUCUGUUCCUCUUCCUUACACCCCUGGCCUAGUAAAGAUAAAAACACAGGAAACAUCUGUGAGCCAACCUUCUCUUCUGGCUGGGGUGUUGUGACACCCAGAACGUCACCCUUCAUCUCUUCCUCCACUUCUAUUCAGGGCCUGCCUCACCAGCUGCACCCCUUGCAGGCAGUUUUCCUGUAAUUUAGCAGCCCCAAGUCCCUCAUCACUGAUGUGUGUUCCUCUUCAAAAAAGAGAAUGCUGACUGUAUCUCAUAUGAGUGUCUGUCACAUGAUUGUUUAUGGAUGUGAAUGACUGUGACUGUUUUAUUACAAUGUGUGCAGUGGGUAUGGGGACUUUUCUGGAGGCCAGCACCUGAAGUGCUUUUCCUCAUUUAUAUGAGACUCUUCUGUGUUUAGUGGAAGUUUGCUUAUGAUUUAUUGCUUCUGAUUAUUAUUAUUAUUAUUUUAUUUUAUUUUAUUUUUUGCAUUUUCACAAAUAAUAUGACAGUUCAACAAAUAUGAAACCUAAUUUAAAGCAGUGGUUGGGCUUGCAUGGGCCAGUUGGUUAAGGAUUAAAACUUAAAUAGCUGCAUGUUUUAAAUGUAGACUGGUCUUAUGUAGUUUAGGCAGAUUUAUUUAAUUUAUUCUUUUUAAGUGUUGCAUUUUUUUAAACAAAAUGUCCUAAACUUCCUCACAUUUUCUCUUAACUCACAAAUCAGAAAAUGCCAGUCAAAAGCCAAUUAUAAGCCAUCAUCAGCUUUGAAUUUCAGCAGCGAUUCAAGAAUAUAAAAUCCAUUUGAUGGCAGCAGGAAAAGAGAAUUAAAAAAAAGCCAAAUCCAAGCUGCCAAGUGCUUCCUCUUGGCCUCUGUGGAGUCUAAUGUUUGUAGUCUGUGUGUAGAAAAAAUGGAUGUGAUUGGAGCAGUUAGUGGAAACAAAGCCAUAACCUUAGGGUACAGUAGAUGUGUUUUUGUUUUGCCCUAUCUGUAGACAAAAAUGUCCAAAAAAUGUCCGACUACUGAUAACAUAAGAAAAACAUACUAUAGAACUAUCAAUAAUCAGUGUAGUCACACAAAUGGUAAAUUAUGUUCACUUGCAUUUACUCUCAAAACAUCAUUUGAGGGAUCUUUUCUGUUCCUAAACUCCAGAGUAUUCCUGUUAAACAUGGUGACAGUUCUCUGUCUGACAGUUCUCUUUAGAUAUUAAAAGGGUUGACCAAUUUGCUUCCUGCUAAAACAGUAACAUCUUAAACCAGGUCAGAUGACUUGCUUGUAAGUUUUAUAUACAUAUAUAUAUAUAUAUAUAUAUAUACAUAUAUAUUAGUGAAAGGUCCAAAAGAGAUGGCAAUUCAUUUUGGUAACACACACACUAAACUGGGUCCUCCAAGUUUUCUUUUGUUUUUUGGCGUCUCUGUUUAGUAGGUUGACUGUUUCAUUUUUUGCAUGAACUGCCCUCUUAUUAGUUCAGUGAUAUAUGUUAUUUUGGAGACUACUAUGCAGUACAAGCUUUGGUGGUUGCUUUCCUAUGUGUUAAUGUUAGGCCUGGGGAUUAAAAGCCAUAUCAUAUUAUCCCUGAAGUUGAACUGAUUUAAAUAAACUCACUUUUGAUUAAAAAAAAAUCACCCUCUGAAAACCAAGCAGUUUUACUGGCCCAAUCAUAUUUGCCUUAAUCCGAAUCACAGUAAAGGCAAAGUGUGAGCAUAAAAGCACUGUAAUAGUAUACUAAUGAAGUAGUCCGAUGAACCAAAGUGGAGAGCUUGUAUGUUAUCCAUUUUAGAUGUAAGAUAAUUAGUUUUCAAUAUUUGCUGUAUAUUUCCCCCAAGGGCAAUUUCAAAAUGUGUGGUUUUAGGAACCACAUCUCAUGUACAUAUUAGCAAGGAUGUUCUGCAAAUUUUUAUUGCUAUGAGAGAGGACAAAGUUGUAUUUUUCUGCAUGUUGUCUUUAUUAAAAUGUUUGGGUUUAAAAGAGAAAAGAAAAGCAUUUUCAUUAAAAGGGAUAGUACAAUA